AUGAUUCACCGCGAUUUUCCUUUUAAGGCCGCUCUCGGCGGGGAGGAAGCAGAGGAGGAGGAGGAGGAGGACACUCCUUGGACCUGGCUGGCUCCUCCUGCUCUCGCUCGAGGCUCCGACGCGCAGCCAAAAGCGAAUCCCGGCGGCGGCGCUCGGCAGAGGCUCCGACGGCUCCCGGCCCCGCUGCUCGCCCAAGCGUCCGCCCGCGCCCGCGUCCCAGCCAUGGCAAGAAACCACCAGGUGCAGAAGGCCAAGCUGGCCGAGCAGGCUGAGCGCUACGAGGACAUGGCAGACUUCAUGAAGGCCGUGGUGGAGCACGGCGACGAGCUGUCCAACGAGGAGCGCAACCUCCUCUCGGUCGCCUACAAGAACGUGGUGGGCUGCCAGCGCUCGGCCUGGAGGGUCAUCUCCAGCAUCGAGCACAAGACCGAGGAGGGCGACGACAAAGCGCAGGUGGUGAACGAGUACCGGGAGAAGGUGGAGCAGGAGCUGAACGCCGUCUGCAACAACGUCCUGGGCUUGCUGGACAAGUAUCUCAUCAAGAAGGACAGCGACACCGAGAGCAAGGUCUUCUACCUGAAGAUGAAGGGCGACUACUUCCGCUACCUGGCCGAGGUGGCCAGCGGGGACGACCGCCUGUCGACGAUAGAGAAGGCCCAGGAGGCCUACCAAGAGGCCAUGGACAUCAGCAAAAAGGAGAUGCAGCCCACGAACCCCAUCCGCCUGGGGCUGGCCCUCAACUUCUCCGUGUUCCACUACGAGAUCGCCAACGCCCCCGAGCAGGCCAUCUCGCUGGCCAAGACCACCUUCGACGAGGCCAUGGGCGACCUGCACACGCUCAGCGAAGACUCCUACAAGGACAGCACCCUCAUCAUGCAGCUGCUCAGGGACAACCUCACGCUAUGGACAGCCGAGUGCGCCGGCGAAGACGGCGGCGAGGCUGGCGAAGAGCCCAAGAACUGA